CAUUACAGCCAGUGUUUCUGCUGGAUCUGUGCGUUUCUCUGUAUUCACUCCUCACUCGUUUAUUCUCAGUGUGUGGAGCUCCGCGGUUCAUCCUCCAUCCUGAUGAGGGAGGCUCGUCCCUCACUGGCACUCGGACAUGGUGGUGUUAAACAUUUCAGACCAGCCACCUUUGGUCCAGGCCGUAUUUAACCGGAAUACAGAAGAAGUUCAGUUAUAUUUGCACAAGAAAGAUGAAGUCAAUGCACUGGACCAGGAGCGACGCACACCUCUCCAUGCUGCUGCUUGGCUGGGAGACACUCUUAUCAUGGACCUUCUUAUUACUGCAGGUGCGAAUGUCAAUGCAAAGGAUCACGGGUGGCUGACACCAUUACACAGAGCAGCUGCAUGCAGGAAUGAGAGGGCAGUGGGGCUGCUGCUGAGAAAAGGGGCCGACGUCACGGCGAGGGAUAAAUUCUGGCAGACGGCGCUGCACAUCGCUGCGGCUAACAGGUCCACGCGCUGCGCCGAAGCCCUGCUGGCCCACGUCAGCAGCAUGAACAUGGCUGACCGCACGGGCAGAACUGCCCUCCACCAUGCUGCCCACAGCGGCAGCCACGAGAUGGUCAAACUGCUGCUGACUAGAGGCGCCAACCUGAGUGCCAGCGAUAAAAAGGAGAGGCAGCCGAUCCACUGGGCGUCCUAUCUCGGUCACCUGGAGGUGGUGAAGCUGCUGGUGUCUCACGGUGCGGAUAAAAGCUGUAAGGAUAAACGAGGCUACACUCCUCUCCACGCUGCCGCCGCCAGCGGCCACGUCGACGUGCUCAAGUACCUGUUACGAAACGGAGCAGAGAUCGACGAGCCCAACGCUUUCGGAAACACCGCUCUGCAUGUCGCCUGCUAUAUGGGACAGGAAGCGGUAGCCAACGAGCUGGUAAACCGCGGCGCGAACGUCAACCAGCCCAACCAGAAAGGCUUCAGCCCGCUGCAUCUGGCUGCCGUGUCCACCAACGGCGCUCUCUGCUUAGAACUGCUGGUCAACAACGGCGCCGACGUCAACAUGCAGAGCAAGGAAGGAAAGAGCCCCCUCCACAUGGCAGCCAUCCAUGGUCGCUUCACUCGCUCCCAGAUCCUCAUUCAGAACGGUGGGGAGAUUGACUGUGUGGACAGAUCUGGCAAUACCCCUCUUCACGUUGCUGCUAUGUACGGCCACGAGCUGCUCAUCAGCACCUUGAUGACAAACGGUGCAGAUACAGCCAGGCAAGGGAUCCAUGGGAUGUUUCCACUGCACUUAGCCGUGCUCUACGGGUUCUCGGACUGUUGUCGCAAGCUGCUUUCCUCAGGUCAGCUGUACAGCAUCGUGCUGUCGAUGAGCAAAGAGCACGUGCUCUCGGCCGGCUUCGACAUCAACACUCCGGACGAGUACGGGAGGACCUGCUUACACGCCGCUGCCUCCGGAGGAAACACUGAAUGUCUCAACCUGCUGUUGAGCAGUGGUGCUGACAUAAGUAAGAAAGACAAGUUUGGAAGAACCCCUUUGCACUAUGCGGCUGCUAACAGGAGGUACCAGUGUGUGGUGAUUCUGGUGGGAUCGGGAGCCGAGGUCAACGAGCCUGACCGCUCAGGCUCCACACCGUUACACUACUCGGCUGCUUCUACGACGUUCUGCAGGUUGGACAGAGCCCAGCAGAGUCCAGAAGAUGGAGAAAAGGAGUCGUUCAUGUGUGUGGAGUACUUACUGGAUAACGGCGCUGACCCCUGCCUGUGCAACUCUAAAGGCUACAGCCCCGUCCACUACGCUGCUGCUUACGGCAACAAGCAGAGCCUGGAGCUGCUCUUGGUGAUGUCCUUCAACAUAUCAGGAGAUGCCGAGAGCGGGGGACCGGUCAGCCCCUUGCACUUAGCGGCUGACGCCGGGCACUGGGAGUGCGUGAGCGUCCUGAUCGAGUCGGGUGUGUGCGUGGACGCGUGUGACUCCGCGGGACGCUCCGUGCUCUACCUGGCCUCUCAGAAGGGACACGCUCGCUGUGUGGAGCUCUUGCUCGGCCAAUCGGCAUCCUGCCUUCUCACCGAGCAUCGCAAUAAGUGGAAUCCCCUCCACGUCGCAGCUGUCAACGGCCACAUCGACUGCCUGCAGAUGUUGCUGUCCAGUGAGGAGGAUGCCGACCUCCCCAACGUCUCGGACACUGAAGGACAAACUCCACUCAUGCUGGUUGUACUGGGAGGUCACACUGACUGUGUGGUCCUGCUGCUGGAGCGAGGAGCCAGUCCUGAUACUAGAGACUGGAAAGGGAGAACAGCACUACACAGAGCGGCACUGCUGGGCUGGGAGGACUGUCUGGCGGCGCUGCUGUCCCACAACGCCACAGUUCCGAUUAAAGAUGUCCAGGGCCGCACCACACUCCACCUGGCUGCUUCCAGCGGCCACGCCGACAUUCUGUCCAGGCUGCUCUCUGCUGCUGACCCUACCCACCCGCACCAUGUGAUCACUGACUGCCACGGCUUCACCCCCGCACACUGGUCAGCCUAUCACGGUCAUGAAGACUGUUUGGAAGUUUUACUUGAACUUAAACCUUGUAGUAUCCAGGAGGGAAGCCCCUUCACCCCACUGCACUGUGCUCUAAUUAAUGGCCAUAGUGGUUCGGCUGAAAUGCUUUUGAACUCGAGCUUUGGCCCGUCGCUGGUCAAUUCCAGGGAUGCAAAAGGAAGGACUCCCCUCCACGCUGCCUCUGUAGCCGAGGACGUCUCCGGGCUGCUCCUGAUCCUGCGCACGGCGGCCGACAUCAACGCCGUGGACCACUCCGGCUGCUCUGCGCUAAUGGUGGCUGCCGACAAGGGCAAGAGCGGCGCCGUCGCUUUGCUGCUGCACAGAGCCAAAGCUGAUCUGUCUAUUCUGGAUAUGAACAGGAACACUGCCCUGCAUCUCGCCUGCAGCAAGGCUCAUGAGAUGUGUGCCAUGCUGAUCUUGAAGGAGAUCCACAGCCCCAUUCUCAUCAACGCAACCAACAGUAUGCUCCAGAUGCCUCUUCACAUCGCAGCCAGGAAUGGCCUCGCCACCGUGGUCCAGGCUUUGCUGAGCCGUGGUGCCACCGUGCUGGCAGUGGAUGAAGAAGGUCACACCCCCGCCCUGGCUUGCGCCCCCAACAAGGCCGUGGCCGACUGCCUGGCUCUCAUCCUCUCGACCAUGAAGCCUUCCUCCUCCGGCACCUCCUCUUCCUCCCCCACGUCGCCUCGCCUGAACCUGCUCAAGCAUUGCGGCAUCACGGCCGCCUGCCCCCCUCUGCCCAACGGAGGCCUCCGCCACACCUACGGCAAAGAUCGGCACGGGGCCGCGUUCGGAUUGGACGGCUGCCUGACCGAAUGAGGCGGCGUCCGCCACGCGGCGACAAGGUCUCCGUGUGUGUGUGCGCGCGCGCGUGUGUGCAUGUGUGUGUGCGCGCGCGCGUGUGUGCAUGUGUGUGUGGAUGCUCGGUUUGGUCUUCUCUAUCCGGAGUGAAAAUGAUAUGCAAUUCCAGCCACACGACCCUCCUCCCCCUGCUAUGAGUUAUUAUUUUGUUUGUUUGUUUGUUUGUUUUCACUACUGUUAGAGGACGAACACGUUUAUUUAUUUUAGUCUUUGAGGAGUCGAAUAUUCCAAGCCAUCUGUCGAGUGCUAGCUAGUCGUUGUGAAAUAAGCUGACGUAAAUAAGAUUAGUAUCGUGCAGCUGCGUACGCUCCGGGUCACGGUUCCACACGCGUGGGGUUUCCACGUAGGAAUUUGCAGCCUGCCCUGAGGAACAGUUCAAACGGGUUAUUGUAAUUAGCAUGAAGGCGUGGGCCAUGUCAUAGAUGGUCUAAACUGUCUGUGUGUGUGUGUGUGUGUGUGUGUGUGUGUGUGUGUGUGUGUGUGUGUAUGUGUGUGUGUGUGUGUGUGUGUGUUUAACAGUCCAACCAGAUUUCCAUCCCAUACUUGAUUCUUGCUUUUAAAGCUUGUGCGUUGUACGUCAGGUGCAAAUUCAGCACAAAAAUGAAAAGAAAAGAGUAAAAAAAAUUAUUAAAAUAACGUUUUUUUUUGGUUUGUUUUUGGACAAGGGAAAACCAUACAACCUUAAGCCAAAUGACCAACGACCUCUGUGUUUGAAAGGUCAAAAAUGGUGCAUGUUUACUGUAGGGAGGAAGGAAUAUGCUGGGGACAUUGCAAUAGGUUUACAUCGAAUACGUUUGUUAUUGCGGCCCGCUGCGUAAAGAGCGAAGUGUUGACGGCCUAUUCACACCGAGCGGAGUCUUUUUAUGGACUGCCGCACACCGCGCUCAUGCAUCAAUACGCUUUAUUGACCCCAUAAGCCCUGUUUGGUCAGGAUUCAAUUUAAGUGACCGUCGCUUAUUCCAGCUUCUGCAGGUCUGUUACUCUGGUCGCUCUUAUUUUUCCUUCAGAUUGGUCAAGGCUGGGCUUUUUCUCUCCUUCCCUAGACCACGUUUCACCCCGUGUCUGCGUGGGUUUACUCCGGGUGCUCCGGUGUCCUCCCACAGUCCAGAGACGUGCAAGUGAGGUGAACCGGAGGUACAAAAUUGUCCAUGACUGCGUUCGACAUAACCUCGUGUGGUGAGUGACCAACGUUCCUGUCAUGAAUGGAACCAAAGAGUAAAAACAUGACGUUAAAAUCCAAACUAACAGACCGUAGUCAUCAUCAAUUCCCCACGUAUGGCAGCCGAAUGAUGAUGAAGGCGAUGCGGACGUCCACCAGCGGACAAUCCAGUGUCUCCGAUUAGCCUGGCUGCACGUUUUUUAAACUGUGGGAGGACACCGGAGCUCCCGAUGAUCACUUUAGUCCUGCCCUGACAUCCUGUAAGGGUCUAAAACCUUAAACCCAGAGACACUUGUGCAGUCGGAGUCGAAUGUAUAUAGAAACAGCUCGGCUGUGAAGCACUGAGACAUGCAUGUACAAGGGAAAACCGGGUAACCAAAGCUGAUUAGCACUGUGUAGUGGUGGGAAUACUAUUGCGUGUUAUGGUGCUACAUUAUUUACAUUUUUAUAAUAACAAUAAUAAAGUACAUGAUUAGAAGUAGAAAUUCGGCCAUACGCUGCAUGAGGUUCACUGGUAAACGCCUUAUGGACCUGUACAGUAUCAGUUUGUUUAUUGAUGCCUUUUUAUUAAAAGAAAUGGUUACGCACUCGGUAUCACCUUGUACUUUUUACAUGCUGACCAACAGCACUCAGUACAGGUGAGCAGAGCGAUUAAAUCCUACGUGAAUAUUUUUGCACUUUUCUUUCAUCGAUCGGCGGCGUGUUCGGCGUGAAUAGGCCUCACCUUCGGCGCGUACCAUCAGUCGCCUAAAAUCGGAAGCACAAGCGUCUGCGGCCGCUUCUGGAAAUUCGAUAUAGCCGCGUACAGCACUUGUUCCUAUAGGGACCAUCUUUCAUCCGGAGAACGGAAAUUAGUCGAAGGCUGCUAGCUGGAAUCUCCACGUAGUGCUUUCCUGGUGGACCGUAUCGAAACGUCUCGCGUCGUGUCGAGCUGCUUUCGCGGUGCCUUUCGACCGAUUUAUUAUUAUUUAUUUUUGUUUAUCUUUAAGGUCCGCUCAGUUCAAAUUCCCACCGUCCACAGCUUAAGUGGUGCUUCCUUUACUCUUAACUUUAGCCAUAUACUGUUCGAGUCGAGCGUCUCGCUGUUUUUUUUUCAGUGUUUUUGUGCAUCAGUACUCUGGCGGAUCGAGCAGCUUUUUUCUGUCAGGGCGUAUGGCUUUAACUUCUUUUAGUCACUAAACUGAGCUUUGUUACUUGUUAUAUUAAAUCCGGCAGAUUAUAUCACGCGACCAAGUGGAAUUCAUUUCAUAAAAAAAUAUAUAAAUAUAUAUAUAUUAUACACGUCGAGUGUUUAUUAUGAAGCGUAUUGCGUCGGCCUGUUUCUUUUCCAAAUGAAAUGCUUCCUUAUUGU